AUGGAAAUUAAACAAAAAGGGUCACGUUCCUGCAGAACUGACCAAGGAAACGUGACGAAUCCUGAACAACAUUUUUUACAAGACCCUGCUUCGAAAAUAUUCGCUGAUAAUUCUACAUCUUCGCCACCUCCCACUGCUAACGGCGGACUACUACCAGAGAUACCCUUUGAUCAAAAACUCAAAGAAACGCCGACUAAACGGUGGUUGUCAACCUCGUCAAAGUCCUAUGACGUAAAAGUUCCAAGACCAAACAUAUUCAUUAUACAUCAUCGAACUAAAUCUAAGGAACUCACUGAACGUUCAGCAAAAGCAUCCGACUUUGAGUCAAAGGAUGACCAAUCUCAUGAGUUGAUGCCGCCUGCAGAUAACCCUGUUACUUCAAAUUUUUCAUCAACAAUGAACGAACCAAAUUUUACAAACCUGGAAAAUCAAUUUUUUUCCAAUAAAAAUGGAAUGUCCCUGCAGUUUAAACCACUACUGCGG